CAAGUACUUACACAUUCAAUAGAUUUUCAUAAUCGCCAUUUCACGAUGAAAACCAUAUUGGAUAUUUCGAUCUUGAUAAAUUUUCUCUGUUUUGGUAUUGUGUACGGCCAAAAUUACAACGUACUCAAUUUUGAUGCCAAAGGAGAUGGUCAAACUGAUGAUUCAAAGGCUUUUCUACAAGCAUGGACUGCUGCAUGUGGCGGAGACGGGGACAUAAAAACACUUCUUAUUCCUUCUGACAAAACAUUUUUACUUCAACCUACCGUGUUCCAAGGCCCAUGUAAAUCUAGUUCGAUAAAAGUUCAGUUGGAUGGCGCCAUUGUUGCACCUAGUGAGAAAGUCGCAUGGUCGGACCCCAUCUCCCGAAUGUGGAUCAAAUUUUCAACUGUGUCUGGUCUAAUAAUCGUUGGUUCGGGAACGAUUGAUAGUCGUGGUUCAUCUUUUUGGGAGCUAAAUCUGAAAGCUUCUCAACGACCUACAGCAUUACAUAUCAGCAAAUGUGACAACCUGAGGAUAAACGGGAUAACCUCGAUUGAUAGUCCAAAAAAUCAUAUAUCAAUCAAAACAUGUAAUACUGUUGCAAUAUCAAAUAUAAAUCUUUUUGCACCCGAGACAAGUCCCAAUACAGAUGGGAUUGAUAUAAGUGACUCGACUAAUAUCAACAUAUUUGACUCUACAAUUCAAACCGGUGACGAUUGUAUAGCAAUCAACAGUGGAAGUUCUAAUAUUAACAUCACUGGAAUUAACUGUGGACCUGGUCAUGGGAUAAGUGUGGGAAGUCUAGGAGCGGGUGGAGCAGAGGCUAAAGUGAGUGAUGUUCACGUGACUCACUGCACUUUCAAUCAGACGACGAAUGGAGCUAGAAUCAAGACAUGGCUGGAAUCAUCAGUGGCAAUUAGUAAUGUAAAAUAUGUCGAUUUUCGCGGAACAUCGUCAAAUAAAAAUGCUAUAACGCUUAAAUGUAGUGAAACUACACAUUGUAUAGAUGUUGUCAUGGAUGGAAUUGAUAUUACCAUGGCGAAUGGAGGAAAACCUAAAGUUAAUUGCCAAUAUGUUGAUGGAGAGUCAAGUGAUACUGAUUUGAUGCGAGACUGUUUUAAAAAUAUCACUAGUUCUUAAUUGAGAAUGUACAUCAAAAGUAGUCUACCCACGUUAUCAAUUGAUGUCUUUCAAACGGUUGAAUUACAGUCACAGAUUUUUUUUUGUCUUGGCAAUCAAAACUAAAUACUUCU